CCACCAAGCAUGACCCAGUUCAUGAAUGACCCAGCCAACUUACAAGCCAUCCAGGGCUUUGGCCAGGUCAUGGCCAUGUGCCAACAGAAUGGGGGAAUGCCUUUCCUCCCAGGCAUGUUUCCAUUCGCCCUUCCAGGUGCUGGAACGAUGCCCCUUCAAGCUCCGAUGGCAGUGACGCCAUUCCAGACGCCGGUGCCGCAACCAUCACCUUUCCAGCCGCAGCUAGUCAGCGCUGUGGCCCCCAUCAACUUGACUGGUGCGCUUAACGCCGCAGGGCCAUCGCGUCCCCCGCAAGGUACGAAUCCGCUAAUCACUCCGGAUGGUCACUGCGUCUCGGUUGAAAGUGGAGACGACGAGUGGGACAUUCCAAGGACCCACAAGAAAAAGAAGGGAAAAACCAUCCGACCCGCCACCUCCCGAAACUCCGCCUUCAAAAGGCUGGGGGAUAGAGAGGAGGGCCAGAGAAAAUCAGCCAAGCUAAGGCUGGGGCAAAGCGUUGCCCAUGUCAGCGCUUUCGCCCGGUUAAGCGAGAUGAGGGAGGCCGAGCCUGCACGCACCCAACGCUCCCGGUCAAACAGGCAGGAGCCAGCCAGGACGAGGGCCUCUCGCCAGGAAGAAGAAGCAGAAAGCCAGCCUAGGGUGCCGGUGGCUAAUCGGUUAACCACCCGCAAUGAUCGCGUCCAACAGAUGGAGGCAAAGCUAGAGAGGCUGGAGAAGAAGGUUGGAGAGAAGAAUGACCGGGACAAACCCCUCGCAGGGUCCCCGUUCACUACAAGGGUCCAUCUGACACCUUUCCCACGAAAGGUCAAGAUAGACGCCCCAAGAUUCACCGGGAAGGAAGAUCCAGAAAUUCACCUAGACUCCUUCAAUCAGAGUGCAACCAUGAAUGGUUGUACAGACGAAGAAAAGUGCCUCCUUUUCUUCCAAACUUUGCGAAAUCGAGCUACUGAAUGGUUCAACAAGCUUUGCCCAGGAAGCAUUGACUCAUUCAGUGACUUGGCCUCAAAGUUCAAGGCCAAGUUCCAGGAGAACUGUACUAAGAGGAAGAAAUUCACCUAUCUUAGUACAGCCGGGCAGAGGGAAUCUGAAAACCUCACUCAAUUCCUUACCCGGUGGAAAGAGGAGGUAGACAAGGUUGAGGAGAUGGACGACAAGACGGUGUUGUCCCUCCUCCUGAACGGCUUGCGUGCUGGGGAACUUUACAAGGAGUUCUGCCGAAAACCCCCGGCCACGUAUCAGGAAGCCUACCAUACUGCAUGGGAGUUCGCCGAGGCUGAGACUCAACUCCGGGCGAAGAAAGAAGCCGAGCAUGGUUACAAGCCUAAGCCGGUGAAAGUCAAGAAGGAAGAAGUGCCGGUACCCAGCCGGCCAAGGCACCACUAUGACCCGGUAGUCCGAGUGGUCAAUUCAGAAGAAUGCCAGGAGAUCAGGAAAGCACCGGUCAAUCCUCCGGACAAUCCUAUCGGUCAGACUGGCCGUCAGUGGUCGGGCACCUAUUGUUCGUACCACAGGUCAAAUUCCCAUAGCACUUCCGAAUGCAAGAGUGUUAAGGGGGUAAUCCGGCAGAUGAUAGACAGCGGAGAACUGGGCAAGGAUUAUCUGCAGAAAGCCCAGGAAAAGAACCAUCAAUGGGUAAGGCCAGCGACCCAGGGAAGUGACCGGGACAAUGACCGGCAAAGGAACAACCGGCAAAGGGAGCAACAGCCUGCCCCUGACAAAGAUCAUAUUGGGAUGAUCUUUGGCGGACCCGAGGGCGGAGAUUCAGCCGCGCAGCGGAAAAACUGGGUUCGCAGCAUUUACGUUGGAGAGGUGAAUGCCGAACCGGCCAGGCGUAAGUAUCCCAGGAGGGAGCCAAUAGUCUUCACUGACCGGGACCUCCCUCCUACAGGUGAGGAUCACAAUGAUCCAUUGGUCAUCACCAUGGACAUCAACGGGGUGGACGUCGCCCGGGUACUUGUUGACACCGGCAGCAGUGUCAACAUCCUUUACCUUUACCUGGAGACCUUCCAAAAACUCAGGUUGUGUCGGACACAACUUGAACCCCUCAAAACUCCUCUCUCAGGUUUCACGGGGGACACAGUGGAAGCUGAGGGGUCCAUAGUUCUACCGGUCGAACUAGGAUCGGGCGAAAAGACCGUGUGGAAGAGGAUGCGGUUCAUCGUUGUGGACAUCAAAUGCGUCCACAACGCCAUCCUUGGAAAGCCUGGCAUCAACAAGGUCGGGGCGGUGAUUUCCAUGCCGCACCUGUGCAUGAAGUUCCACACUUCGGGCGGUGUGGGAGAAGUGAGGGGCGACCAGAGGAAUGCCCGGGAGUGCUAUGCCCGGGCGGUUAAAAAGAUGACUAAGGGGGUCAACGUCAUCUCCCAAGAGAUCACAAAGGGAGAGACCCGGGAGAAAUUGGAGCCCGAGGCCGAGACGGUGGAAAUCGAACUUCACCCGGGAAUAUUUCCGAACCAGAACACGACAAAGGCGCAGCCCCCCACGCAAGAUAACAAGGCUGCUCAGAACUAGUCGCCUCACACCCCAGUGGCAGCGUGCCCCCACGUGGGCGCACGUGGUCCUGUCCCCCCAACUUAGUAUAUAUACCUCUUGUAACCCUCGAAGAAGGGGAUCCAAAUUCACUCUCUCUAAACUCCCUUGUAAAAGUGACCGGGCACUCUCCGUUUUAAUAUAAUUCGGGCUACAGG